CUCUAUCACUCGCCUUCGCCCUGGCUCAAGACCUUCCCUUCCCGAGCUCCGCAACUGCUAGCGUUUAGAGACACAGAGACAUGGCUCAGGGAAGAGGCAGUGCUGCUCGCGGCAGCGUCGCCGCCAUGGUGGCGCUGGUCCUCCUCUGCGUGCUCCUCCACGGCGAGGUCGCCGAGUCGGCCGUGUACACGGUCGGCGACAGCAGCGGCUGGGGCUUCAACACCGUCAACUGGCCCAGGGGCAAGCGCUUCCGCGCCGGCGACGUGCUCGUGUUCAGGUACAGCCCGAAGGCGCACAACGUGGUGGCCGUGAACGCGGCGGGGUACGGCUCGUGCGGCGCGCCGAGGGGCGCCAGGGCGCUCACCUCCGGCAACGACCGGGUCACGCUGAAGCGCGGCGCCAACUACUUCAUCUGCAGCUUCCCGGGCCACUGCCAGGCCGGGAUGAAGAUCGCCGUCAACGCCGCCUGAGGCCGGCCGCCAACCUUAUUGAUUUCCCCUCCAAAAGAAGAGAAGGAAAUAAAGUUCUGUAACUAAUUGGACGGUGCCCGCCUCUGUUCGGGCACGUACGUACGUUCGUGCUACGAGUUGUUGAAGAUUUGGCGGAUUGGCACUGUGUAGACUUGUAGAGUUGUAGAGAGGACGAACGCGUCGUGUGAGUGUGUGCUGGUGUGAUGUCGUGAGGAGCAACAAAAGCGUCUGUACGGCUGCGUUUGUGUGCGCUGUUUUCAAUCAUUCAAUGUGUGAUACAAA